GCUCUCAGAAGGGCUGCCUGAGCUCUGGGCUGGCCGCGGUUGCACAAGCCUGGGUUUUCCUUCUCCCCGCCCAGCUCGGGCCCUCUCAGGGGACUCCUGGGCUCAGAGCGUUUGAGAAACCCUUCCUAGACCCGGGUGCGAGUGAGAGUGGAAAAAGGGCUUUCCCUCUAGAAUUUUCCGAUCAGGUUCCCGGCGGAAGGAAGAGCUGGCCGUACAGGCUCUGGGAGGCCUCCCCACAUCCGCAACGUGUCGUUGGACAGCUCUGCUCUGUGCGGCGGCUGCGUGGGAGCCCACAGACCCUCCCAGCGCGUCCGCCCGCUUGCCUGCCUGCCUGCCAGUCUGUGUGCUCGGCCCCGCACUGAGGAAACCAGGAGCCAUUCCCAUUGAUCGGGCAAAGAUCUGAAGAUGUUUCCGGAGGAGAAGAAAACAGAGUUUGUGAGUGUCUGGGUCCGGGAUCCUCGCAUUCAGAAGGAAGACUUUUGGCACUCCUACAUUGACUAUGAGAUCUGCAUCCAUACCAAUAGCAUGUGUUUUACAAUGAAAACAUCUUGCGUCAGGAGGCGGUUUCGGGAAUUUGUGUGGCUCCGACAGCGACUUCAGAGCAACGCGCUGCUGAUACAGCUUCCUGAACUUCCUUCUAAAAACCUGUUUUUCAACAUCAAUAACCGACAGCACGUUGACCAGCGACGUCGAGGCCUGGAAGAAUUUCUGAGGAAGAUCCUACAGAAUGCCCUUUUGCUCUCGGACAGCAGACUUCACCUCUUCCUACAGAGUCACUUAAGUUCAGAAGAUAUCGAGGCCUGUGUUUCUGGACAGACAAGAUAUUCUGUUACUGAAGCAAUUCAUAAGUUUGCUUCCUCAAACAGACGUUUCCCUGAAGAAGAUGAUGAGGGAGAAAAAAAGGACAAUUCUAUAGAGUAUGGCUCAGAAAGUUCAUCCUCCGGGCUUGGUCACAGUUGUAAAGACAGCAGUCCACAUGGAUGUAAAACAAACCCAGCUCUUCAAGAACCCUGAAAAAUAAUUUUUAUGUUACUAUCUUAGUAAUAGGAAAUUAUGCCCAUGUCAUAAAGACAGGGUUGGUUCACAAUAGUACCUCCCUACAUAAAGCACUCUGUCAGGGAGACAUGAUUGGUAGUGUGUUCUCAAAGCUGUUGCUCCCCCCACCUCCGCCACCCUUUUUUAAAGUUCAUUAAUGGUUUCCAGUUCAGGGUUUUAUGUUGUCUUAUUUUGGUCAUGGUAGAGGGGAAGGAAAACUCUCCUGGCUAUGAGUCAAUAAAAUGGCUAAUAUUGAAUUCUGAGGAAAAGAUUGAUAAAUUAGCUCCUGCUCCAAUAGGAAAUGAUUUAUGUUAAUAUAUAGGUGUGAAUUUUAACUUGUGUGUGCUAUGUAAAACCUUUGGUUUUGUUCAAUUAAAAAAUCCACUUGGUACAUAAACAAUUUAAAACCGAUAUUGCAUUUCCCCUACAUUAACAUGUGUCACUUUAAACAGACUUUUGAAACCUGUCAUAGGAUUUUGCAGGUCGUAUUCUAGCCAAGACCAUACCCCGCUGCAGUGGAUCAGCAAGAUUUGCUAAUAUUAUGUGGCUCCGUCCCCUUUACAGGGAAAAGCUUGGGAUGGUAGUGUAAGUGUGUGGCUGACUCAGUACUAGCCAGGGCUGCUCAGCUUUCUAGCCUGCUAUUUAUCGUGCACCCAGAUGGAACACACAGCUUAGGAACAUAGACCAGUAUGAAAAUGCUUUUUACUCGAGUGCAAAUUCAAAUAAAUAUGGCAACUAAUGUCUUUCAGACUUACCAAAACAUCUUCAUGAGCAAGGAUCAGCCUAAGCCUCAGAUUUAGAGAUCCUUAGUCUUUGCUUUUGUCUUGCAUUUGGCAGAGAGAUUCAUUUAUUUUCUUUCAAAAUGUGUCAUUUCUUCACUUGAAAUUUCUCAGUAUUUCUAGGGGUUGUUACUAAUUUCUUCACUAAAUAGAAAGACAGGUCUUAAAAACAAGACUAAAGGUAAUGUUUACCAAAAAGUAUUCUGCUAGUCUAGGAAAUAAGAUUAAAUAAUUGAUUAUGCAUUAAAAAAAGUAUCGAUUCCCUCACCCCCUUUAAGGCUACACUUGAGAAAUGUGUUGCAGUCUAGUAAAAUACAUCCUUAGAUAACUUUCUGUUGACAUAGCACUUUAAUAAGGUAAUUAUCCAAAUUUCUUCCUUGUCCAGUUGCACAAAGUAAUCAGUUUCCAUUCUGAGAAACUGGCAGGAAGAUAUUUACAAAGAAAUGGAAGUAACUUGUUGCUUCUCUUGGCUUUUCCUCCUGGAGGCUGGUGGAAGACGCUUGCAAAAGGCAGUUAAUUAUUGGAGUAUUUUUGUCAUUCUAUUAUUAAUAAACUUCUAAUGGAGGUCAAAGGAUUGUACUGAAAGUAUAGCACAAAACAAAAAAUGUAAGACAAGAAUUAUUCUCUUAAUUUUGCUGUCUUGCUUUUUUGUUUGGUCUAAAUUCUUAUUAGAUUUUGCUUGGGAUCUUGAUUUAGUAUGUGAGGCCUGUUACUGCAUCAUGGGACAGCCAUUAAUUGAAAACAGGGGAAAAAACCCCAAGAUUUAAAAGCUUUUCUAAUCACCCUGGUAACUGGAUGGGGGUAAGGAAAGAGGGGGUGACUUGCCAUCUAGGUAUUAGAUUUAUUUAUUUAUUUUUCUUAGCAAUACAUAUUUACAAUCACUAUUUCACUUUCAGAAUAUUUUUAGAAAACAUGUGAUCAGCCAUAAAUUUUAAUGUUAUUUUUUUGAUCUCAUAACAUAAAUAUCAAAAUGUCUACCUUGUAAUUUGUCCCGUAAGAUUCGGUGGAUUUUUGUUUCUAAAUUAAAUGUGAAGAAAUCAAA